CUUCGAGUAACCUUUCCCGCGGUAAGACGUGUAUCGAUCGGUUGCCGGACCGUCUUCGUGCACCAAUUGGAGUCCUAAGGAGGUUGUGACUGGGCCCUUGCCCACUCUACAUAGUGUCGAGCAGCGCAGCGACCCAAGUGGAUAGAAAGACGAAAAGGAAGCAGAAGAAAACGAUCUUUCAUCUUUGGUCGGUGACCAAUGAGUUGGUUGGUUCGGAGAUGAAGAAAAGGUGAAAAUAGUGUUGGUGGCUUUCUUCACUGGCGAGAUGCCUUUCUAGUUUUUAUUUUAUGUGUCAUGCAGUGUGUCGCCAGGAAUUUGUUUGGAAAUUUGGCCUAAUUUCACUUAGGACAUUUGCAUCCAAAUCGUUAAAACUUUCGAGUUUUCAUAAUAAUAAUGCAUAAUAAUAUAUUGUAUUAGUAAACCUUCGAGUUUUUCAUUAUUCAUGGUGUGACGGGAAAAAUAGCAAAUCAACGUUGAGGUCAGUGUAUGCAAUAAGCAACCGCAAAAGGCGGAGAGCAGAAAGAAGAUUGUGCAACGUAAUCGGGCUUCGUAGUGUCCAAGAUUGAUACUAGUGUUUGUAAGUUGUUUGUAGCUUGAAAAGGUCCAACUGGGUGGAUGAAAAUGUUCACGCUGGGGGUUUGAAGUGACUCCUAGGGGUAAGGAUGAUUAUUUCAUAAUUGAAGAAACCGUGAAAUCAUCCGCAAAUCGAAUGCGUCAUCACUAUUUGAAGUGCUAGGUGUUCUCAAGGAAUCCAACUGAAAUUAACAAAUUCAAACAAGUGUAUUGAUUUUCGUCUACAAACCGACAUGGUGAAGAUGAAGGAGGUCCUCCAGAGGAGGAGGAUGCUGAUUCAACGACUGGUUUUUGCCAGUGCAAUCGCUUUGCUGAUUCUAGUCCAACCGGUUAAAUGUCAAAUCAUCAACCGAACGCCACACUUCAUACCCGGAUCUGGAGACAUGUCUCGCUUCAGUCUACCGGAAAACACUCCGGUUGGCAGUGUUGUCUAUCAGCUGAGAGGCAUUGACCCUGAGGGAAGCAAGCUGCGAUACAGUAUGUCGGGGCCCGUUUUCAGCGUGGAUCGUGAUAGCGGUGUCGUGCGGUUACGGCAAUCGCUUGACAGAGAGCUGCAGGACAGCGUGGAAGUAAUCAUCAGCAUAACAGACGAAGGCGUGCUUGGUACGGAACCGAACACCAUCUCGCUCAGGCGUGAAAUUCCUAUACGCGACUACAACGACAAUGCGCCGACUUUUGUUGGGCGCCCAUACAGCGCAUCAAUGAGCGAGUCCACCAAACCGGGAAGUACUGUCAAGAUUAGUCCGGAAAUAGUCGUCACCGAUCUCGACGAGGGCAUGAACGCUGAUGCAAAACUUUCAUGUUAUCUAGAUCCAACUAAGGAAAACGACGACAUCUGCGAAGUGUUUGAAGUGAAAACCGAAAAGAUUGCUCAAGGAAAAUAUGGAGCAUCUAUAAUCCUGAAAAAGACCUUAGAUUUUGAAACCAGGCCGUCCUACAUCCUGACGAUUCAGGCCAAGGAUGGAGCUGUUACAAAUCCAUUGAAAUCGUAUGCCACAGUUGCCAUUACGAUCAUUGAUGUUCAGGAUCAACCACCUGUAUUUAUAAAUGCUCCCUACUCAGCAUCAAUUCCUGAGAAUACACCUGAAGGAACGGUAGUUCUCACGAUCAACGCCACCGAUGGCGACACUGGCAAUCCACGACCCAUCGUUUUAACUCUCGAGAAUGAACCGAUGGGACACUUCAAACUAAGAUUUAUUGGAAACCCUAGAGCAGGAAUCGCCGAGCUUGUUACGACCGAUCGACAACUAGAUCGAGAAGACCCCAAAAUUACCAAAAAUGGAGGUGCUUAUACUUUUUCUGUACGUGCUACAGAGCUAAUAAAUAACGAAGUUCCCGGAGAUUCUACCAGUUCUCAAGUUACCAUCGUUCUAACGGAUGUCGACGACCACAUUCCCGAAUUCAACAAACCUUCCUUUGAGGUUUCAAUACCAGAAAACUUAGAACACGAUACUCCUCUUCCGGAUUUAGCAAUUAUCGUUACGGAUAUGGAUCUUGGCGCAAACAGUCGUUAUUCACUGUCCCUUAGAAAUAUCCACAAUUCCGAAGGUGUGUUUGCUGUUGUACCUACACAUGGCGAAGGACGAACACCCAUCGUAGUAAAAGUGAUAGAUUCCUCAAAACUUGACUAUGACGUCCCCGACGGUGAUAUGCGCAUAUUUAUAUUCGACAUUGUUGCUUCUGUUAAUGGAGAAGAAAAAUCAAAAACAGAAGUAACCGUUCAUCUGCAAGAUGCCAAUGAUAACUCUCCGAUUUUUCCGAAAACCAAUUACAGACUUCAAGUGAAAGAAAAUUCUCCCAAAGGAUACAAAAUAGCGGAAAUCGCAGCGAUGGAUCACGAUACUGGAAUGUUCGGUAAACUCACCUACUCUGUGAAAGGCUUCGGAGCAGAAAACUUCUAUACUGAUCCACAAAACGGUGGAGUGUUCGUAAAUCUGAAUCUCGACUAUGAGGAACAAAAGAGUUACAGUUUAGCGCUGGUCGCUACCGAUGGAGGGAAACGAGAAACCAACGCUAAUUUACUAAUCGACAUCAUGGACGUCAACGACAACCAUCCUACAUUUGAGUCGUUGGAGUACACCCGUACGAUUCGCGAGGGAGCCGUUGAAUUUGAACCACAGUUCUUUGUACAUGCAACGGAUCUUGACGGUCCACAGCAGGGAGGAGGGAAGAUAACCUACUCCAUCGAAUCAGAAAACAGCAUAUCCGGGCAUGUAUUCACGGUUGAUCCAAACAGCGGAGAAAUCAAGAUAACUCGACCCGUUAACUCAAUGGACACGGAACGGGGCCAGUAUGAGUUGAUUGUGGUUGCAACAGAUCAUGGAGUUCCGCCGUUGAAAAAUGACACCCGAGUGCUGGUCAGAGUGGGAAUAUCUGGAAAUCAACGGCCUAUAUUCAAGGGACUGUACACGAACGGAAAGAACGACAUCCCGGGACCACCGAGCUAUCGAGUGAGCAUUCCGGAGAAUGCUCCCGCUGGUUACAACGUCACAAAUGUCAGCGCCACUGAUCCAGAUGGCAUCGAUGAACUUCUGAUGUACAAAAUUGUCGGCGCGAGCGAUAACUUCGAGAUCAACGAUCACACCGGACUCAUCACGGUAGCUCGCGACGCCCGACUCGAUCGAGAUUCCAAUCCGGAAAGUUACUCGAUUGUCGUAAACGCGAUUGAUGCCGGCUUCCCCAUCCCAGAAACGGCCACCACUACCGUGUACGUAAAAAUUCAAGACGUCAAUGACAAACCUCCCAAAUUCACCCAACAGUCCUACGCUGCGUAUGUUUCCGAACGGAGUAAUUUAGAUACUGAGGUGUUGAAGGUAACAGCAACAGAUACGGAUGUCAAUGCUAGAAUACUGUACUCGAUCGUAGAUCCCAUCACGGCCAAGACGAAGGCUGGUAUCCCACUGCACACAACUUCAACGUACGACUACAAAACUGCAUUCCGAAUCAGUGAAGAUGAGGGCGUUAUCUACGUUAACAGUACCUUGGACUACAACUAUGCUGCUGUUAUAUCACUCACGGUUCGAGCGGUUGACGUGAACGCUGAAUACAACGUUGACAUGCAACAAGAUCGAUCUGAAGUCACUUUAUAUAUUCAGUCCUUCAAGGAUAUAAAUCCAGUAUUCAAAAAUAAAGGGUGGAACACAGUGAGACCAAAAAUUGAAGUCAAAGUUAAAGAAGCAUCUCCGAUAGGGAGUGCAGUUAUGAAACUCGAAGCUGAAGAUCCAGUAGCCGACAUUCCAAUCGUAGACUUUGAAAUGGUUAUGGCGGAUGUCGAUGGGUAUUUCAAGCUGAACGAGAGAACCGGUGAUAUAAUUUUGAACAAGCGAUUGGAUUAUGAGUCGGUUAACAAAACUCAUAUCAACUUCGUGGUUCGCGCAAUGACAAGCAAUCGAAAGAGGCAAUCUCUUGCCUAUGUGAAUGUUACUAUUGAAAAUGUGAAUGAUAAUGCACCGGUGUUUGAAAAGGACGUGUAUAGAGUGACGGUUAUGGAGUCCGAUCGACAUCCUCACCAAGUGAUAACUGUGAAAGCCACGGAUGCAGACGCUGUCCUAUCUGAAAAGGACAAACUGUUGGGUUACAACUCUGUAUGGUACAGCCUAGCUGGUUCCCACGCUAAUCUGUUUACGAUAGAUAAUAAAACCGGUUCAAUCAGUAUAGCCAAGGGACAAUCAUUAGAUCGGGAGAAGCAGUCCGUACUGAAGCUAAUGAUCACAGCAGAGGACUCGCCUGGAAAGGCAACCGAUGCCAAACGAGGAUACACUGAAGUGAUUAUUGAUGUCCUGGAUGUGAACGAUAAUGCGCCGAUGUUCGGUCAAAAAUCCUACACGGCCGUCAUUCCGGAGAAUGUGUUGGCAGAUACUUUCGUCAUUGCCAUCACGGCCAACGAUCCGGAUGAAGGUCCCGGUGGGGAAGUUCGGUAUGAAUUCCUUAACGAAGGAGAAGCGAAUGGUCUCCUUCACAUCAAUCCCAAAACGGGCGAAAUCAAAACGAAGGUACUGCUCACCGGAAAGGGUCGAUCAGAUCCCUAUGAGAUGGUUGUCCGAGCCCAAGACAGUGGAAGUCAGCUUCCGAAGCAACGUUCGCUGUACAGUGACGUCACGUUUAUACUCUACAUAGGAGACAUCAGUGCAAACGAUGGAAUCCCCUUCUUCAUUGCACCGAAAGUGGGACAAAUAGCCAACGUGACCGAAAAUGCAACGAUUGGUGCACCAGUAUUCCAAGUGGUCGCAAGUGAUCCAGACAGUCCUGCCACACCAAGCGGAACAUUGCGCUAUCGAAUUCAGCCGGACAUUGAGGAUGCUAAAUCGUUCAGGAUUGACUCAAAAACGGGAUUGAUUUCCACUACCAAGUCACUAGAUCGAGAGACGAAGUCUAUGUACAAUAUAAUCAUUGAAGUGAGUGAUAUGGGUGAACCACCGCAAGCAUCUACUAUUGUUCUUCGCAUUAACGUACUGGAUAUUGAUGAUCAUAAGCCUAGGUUCCUGAGAGACAUUGACGCACAACCUAUUGAAAUGAUGGUUCUUGAAGAGCAGCCUGCUGGGUCAAUUGUCGGUAAUUUAUCAGCAAUAGAUGAAGAUGUUGGCGAUAAUGGUGCUAUAGACUACGAGUUUAUAGAUGGCAAUGAACUGGGAUUAUUUAAAAUCUCUCGGACAGAAACCAAUGCUGCUAUUAUAACUACAACAGCGCCGCUGGAUCGAGAAACCUUAGAACAAGUUACCCUGACUAUUAAAUGUUUCAAAUAUAAAAUCGAUCCUGUCCCAACAAUAACGAGUUACAACAAGUACGAUAAAUCAGAACAGAAAAUCAUCAUACAUGUAGCAGAUAUUGACGACCAUGCACCCAAGUUCGAGAAAGAGAACCAAACCGUUGGAAUCCGUCAUAACGUGCCAAUCGAUACUCCAAUAGCGUCAUGUAAAGCCCGUGAUGAAGAUUCAAGUGCAUCUCCGAUCUUCUACAGUCUUGAAGACAUUGUUUUCGUUCCGCAGUUCUAUCGAAGAGAUAAUCAUACUGAAAAUUACAUGACAAUAUUCAACCUUAACAAUUCCACCGGGGAAAUUCGAACUACGCGAUCAAUGUCCGACUAUGUCGAUGGCUUCUUCCAAAUGACAGUUAGAGCAAAUAAUUCCUACAAUGCGGAUCGCGUGACCGACAACCAAUUGAGAAUCUUCGUUAUACGUGACAAAUCUUUGCUGAGAUUCGUAUUCUCGAAACCCCCUUCGGACAUCAACUCCGUUCUCAGCAACUUUGCGACUGAGCUUCAAUCACGUCUCACAGAUCACAACCUGGAGCUGUCGAUUUUUGAUGCACAAGUGCUAGCCAAACCAGAUCACAGUUUAGAUUUCAGUUCAACCAGUUCGUGCUUCCAGCUGUCCCGACAUGGUUCGGCUCUAUCCCCGUUAGAAAUGAUGAAAAUCAUGGACAACCAAGAGAUGAAGGAUGCUCUGAUAGAAACUUACCUUAAGUAUUCCGUACACAAGAUUGACUCGUGUGCCGUUUCAAGGAAGCCACCCGCGGCAGCACUGAUAGCAUCAUCGGGAACUUGGCUGGUGAUUCUGGCUGGAUUGAUUGGGUUCGCUGCCUUUGCUUCCACCAUGACGGCGUGCUGCUUAGCUAGGAGAUAUAAGAAUCAAAUCCGAUCGACGUCAUCCACGCAGCGCAUUGCCGGAUCCGAUAUCUACGGAAGUGCAACUCCCGUCUUGUACACUGAACCCAUCUAUGGCGCGCUGUAGUAUAGAUGCCACAAACCUCAGAAAAAAAAUCUAUAGUCUGUACAAAACAAGUCAAACAUAAGUCAUGAAAUGCAAAACAACAAAAAACGGCAUGCAUUUGCGUUUGUAGGUACGUGCGCAUCACGUGCUUUACAAGGCCAUUAAACGGAACUGAAGACAUAUGGGUAGCGAGAUAAAACAUAAGGUAACGAUUGCAAUUAGCCGUCCAUAUGAGUUGAACGCAGAACCAUGCGUUACUGCUCGGCUGAAGAUAGCAUGUUAAGUUUUGACUAGUAAAAGUAACUGAAUACAAUCAUAGUUAGGAGACACUCUUAUUUAUUAUCGUUGUUUAAAAGUAGACGUUCGCGAACGUGACUGGGAACGGGUGGAACACUUUAGCCAACGUGAGAUUGCGAAUAUUCUGAGCUUAAGCGGUCUGAAUCAUAUAUUUGGACAUGGUGAGAAUGUGUCAGUAUGAUUGGGACGUAAAUGUUGUUUGUAAAUAAUAAAUCAAAACGAAUCAAACGAAA